UUUUGAUACGGAGUAGUUUUUUGCGAAAUUCCGGAUCCCUAUCUGGCGAAUAAGGAAUCCUAUAUAUAUAAUCCGUCUACACGAAGGAUGGAAAAUACGAUCUCUCUGCAGUAGUUCGAUCAUCUCCAUCUGGUAUUAUGGACUCCCACCAUGAAGCUUAUGAUGAAGCAACAAGGGCUAGUGGUGAGCUUGUAGAGAAAAAUCCUUCAAGUGCAGUUAAAGCUCUUGUAAAUUCCCCUGUGAUCGCCAACAACUUUACUGCCCUUGUUGACAACGAAAUGAGUCCAGACUCGAUGAGAGUGGUUUACAACCUCACACAAGCUGACAAUGUCAAACUGCCGACUGAAUUCAUACGUUCGUGCAUCACUAAGAGUAUCUCAUGGUGUAAGAACAUCAAGGAUGACGAGUCUGGUCAGAAGAGACGGGCAAGGCUUGUCUGUGUCUUCAUUCAGAACUUGAUCGAGAAGGACAGUUCUAUUGUUGAUAGAGAACUCUUGAAUGAAGUCCGAUCAUUUUGUAUGCAGUUCUCAGGGACUAUCGAGGCUGAUACGCUCUUGCGGUUGCUUGGAACAUUGCGGAAUAAUAAUAAUAAUAAUCCUGCACGCAGAGACCAGCUUUGUGCUCAAUGACAAUUUACCAGAAUUGGUUACAUGUCAAGUAGCAUUGACCUUUAUUUCAUACUACCUCCGUCCCAAAAAGAGUCGCACAUUUGACUUUUCUUAGUCAAACAGUCUUGUUUUGAACGUACUCCCUCCAUUCCACAAUGAUGUUCCCAUGUUGACUACCAUAUAUUUAUGCAAGAUAAUAUAUUGUUUUGACUUUUUGAAC